AUGCCACCACCAGGCAGUCUGGCUCUGGAAUGCUUCUGUGAAAUAAAUGAGGCUGACAGACAGGAGCCUCUGCCAUUGCCGUUCCUUAAACAGGAGGAACCAAACAGUAUUUCGACAUCAGGUGAGCAGCACUGUCCCUCUUUUCAGUAUGUCCUAUGUGCUGUCACCUCGCCAGCUGUCAAACAACAUGAGGAAACCCUCACCUAUCUCAACCAAGGGCAGUCAUAUGAGAUCCGGAUGCUGUGUAACCCCAAGAUGGGAGAGUUUGUAGAAGGUCGCAAGUUGCUGAAGAGUGUGGUCAGGGUGAUAUUUCAUGACCGAAGACUGCAAUAUACAGAGCACCAGCAGUUGGAGGGAUGGAGGUGGAAUCGGCCAGGAGACCGCAUCCUAGAUAUUGAUAUCCCCAUGUCUGUAGGCAUUCUUGAACCUCAUAUCCAUCCUACUUUGCUGAAUACCGUGGAAUUUAUAUGGGACCCAACUAAGCGGACUUCAGUCUUUGUCCAGGUCCACUGCAUUAGUACUGAAUUCACACUGCGCAAAAAUGGCGGGGAGAAAGGGGUGCCUUUUCGCAUCCAGGUGGACACCUUUAGGCCCAACGAGAAGGACGAAUAUGUGGAGCAUUUGCACUCGGCCAGCUGUCUCAUCAAGGUCUUCAAGCCAAAAGGAGCAGACAGGAAGCAGAAAACAGAUCGGGAAAAGAUUGAAAAGCAGUCCCUCCAGGAGCGGGAGAAGUACCAGCCUUCAUAUGACAGCACAAUGCUGGCAGAGUGCGCCCCAUGGCCAGAAGCUUCUAGCAGUGUCCACAGCCCUCCAGCCACCCCUGGCCUCGUCUCUCCACACUCCUUCAAGUUUCAGACCCCUGAAAGGGUCUGCUCCUCACCCAGCUAUGCUUUGGACAGCUCAUCAGAGAGCAUGGCAGAGACCCUGAGCCCGAGUGCCUCCAUUCUGGAAACUCAACAGUGGCUGCACAAGAACAGGUUCUCCAAUUAUGCCCGAAUUUUCACUAGCUAUACAGGAGCAGACUUAUUAAAGCUCUCUCGCAGUGACCUUGUACAGAUCUGUGGAACGGCAGAUGGAAUUAGGCUCUCCAAUGCUCUGAAAGCCAGAUGUGUGCGUCCUCGACUCACCCUUUAUGUAUCCAGGGAGCUGGAAACAAGUGGAAAAGACAGCCCCCCACACCCAGCAUCUGCCAUUUACCACGAGGUGUAUCUGGAAGAAUUAACUACCACUGAGCUGACCAAUAAGCUGGUAGAGCUGCUCAGCCUCCCAGCCAAUCAGAUCCAGCAGCUUUCCAGACAGGGGCCUACAGGAAUUCAUAUCCUUGUCAGUGAUCAGAUGGUCAGAAAUCUUCCAGAUGAAUCCUGUUUUGUAGCAGCUGUAACCAAAGUGCAGAAUGCAGAAGGCUACCACUUAGUUCUGAAAUAGACUUGGCUCAUCUAGAAGACCUGCUGCUGGCCUGUGAGAAGAAAGGGGUGGGGAGAUCAGAAUGAUGCACACCCAGGCACAACAAUAAAGUCCCAAGAUUGCUAUAUUCCAAUGAACUCAAGAUUUCCCAAGGCGAAAUUCUUCACCAUUCAGAAUGGAAGGACAAAAAUCUUGGCUUUGUUUGUACUGGGCAAUUGAAACAGGAGCCCUGUCCAUCUUUCUAUCCUGUCUCUGAAAUUUGCAAAGGAGGGUGAUGGGUACAAAGCGGGGGUGAGGGGUAUGAAUCAACCAGCAAGCAUAAUAUUGCAAGCAUGUGGUUAAUGGGGAAGAGGGAGCAGCAAAGUUGCCAUAGUUACACAACAGAAAGUACCCAAGUCAGAGAUACUGUGCCUAAAUGGCACAGGGUAAAAUAGAGGUUUUAAAAAAAAUAAACCACCAGUCAGUAUAAGGCUUUCCUACAGUGCAGAAUUUGAUGUUCUAAAAGUGCAGAAUGUAGUUAUCAUUAACCAGUCCUUGUGGUUCCUGUAAAAAGAAAGAUAUUUGUAUAAUUUUCAAAGCCCAUCACUAAUUAUAGUGGAAUUAUGUUACCAAAGCAAACAUCCCCUUCUUGCCCACCCCCACCCCCACCUUAGAGUCUAGUUGGGAGGAAAUGGGCUAAAACAGC